CACGAGAACCUACCGGUGCCCGAGGCUGUCUGUGACGUCACUAGCCAGAACACUAAUCUGUUAGUGAAGUGGUGUGCUGGGGGCGCCCGGUCUCUCUCACUCUCUCUACCUGCCCGACGAGCAACAGGUAAGGUGUGACGGGACCUAGGAGUACACCACGAUGUAGGGUCGCCCUUGCACCCCGGGAUGGCGAAUACAGGUCACAGUCUACCACCUGAGGGUGGUGGCCAAUCCUCGCCCCAGAAAGUAGACGAUGGGGGUAUAUUUGUUGACAUUGACACUACAAGUCUUGCCAUUAUUUUGGGAUGUUCCGCUGGUGCCUUCCUUCUCAUCGUCUUUGCCGUCAUCCUGUUCCGGUUGCGCAGGCGCAGGAGAAAAUUAUACGAAUCUUCAUUUGAUGAUGGAGACGACCCUUCUUCAUCCCGAUCUAUGCCAACAUCAAGGAGCUCAUCGCCCAACUUUUCCAAACGUCUGUCAUGUCCGGAAGUGGGGGCAUCAGGGAAGCCUGUCACCCCCAUGAUCCGCUCCGUCACGAUCGACGGCAUCCCCUUCCAGCUGCCCACAGAGAGGGUUCAGCCCGGGGGUAACGGACGCCGAGAAAGAGGGGGAAGCCUGGCCAGCCUCCCUCGCCAGCACAGCAUCCUUGGGUCAGUACAACCCGAACUGUACAGACCUCAAAGUGGCUCGGAGGAUGACGAGGCCUACCUCCCCGCCACCCCCCACGGACGCCUCUGGUUCUCUGUCAUCUAUGACGCCGCUGUUGAACAACUCCAGGUCACCCUCAUCAAGGUCAAGAGCUUGCCAGGUCGAAUAAAACAUGAAGCACCACGUGACCCCUUCGUCAAAGUUUUCCUCCUACCAGACGAGAAGACAUGCAAGGUGUCAAAGGUCAGGAAGAAGACCCUGUCUCCUAUCUUCAAUGAAACAUUCCAGUUCCAGGCCUCCCCUGAUGACGUAUACAGAAGGACGUUACGCUUCUCUGUGUAUGACGUAGACAAAAGACGUGUACGUCACUCACUCGGUCACGUGAUGGUUCCACUGAAGGACGUUGACCUGACGAAGAGCGAACCACUUUGGAGCGAUCUGGAGCCUAUGGCACACGCAACGUCGUGUCUGGGGGAGCUGUACUUCAGCCUCACCUACCAACCGCAGACAGAGCGGAUAAAGGUGGUCAUCAUCCGAGUCAGACAACUCCGACAUCUGGACUAUGGUGGCGAGACAGGUAUGUACGUACGCAUCCAGUACUGUCAUGGACGAAAAACACACAAAACUAAACGCACAGUCUUGCUUAUGGGAGCAUCAGAAGCGGAAAUCAACGAGUCCUUCUCGUUUUCAAUCUCCGGGCGACAGCUGGACUCGUGCAGCUUCGUCAUGACCCUGAUGACGUCGCCUAUGGGGACACGCUCCAGCCACCAUGAGGAGUAUGGCCGUGUAACUGUGGGACCGUUCCUCUUCGCCCGUGGCCAGGAGCUGCUUCAUUGGCAGGAAAUGAUAUCCCAGCCCCGCUCCCCAAUAACGAGGUGGCACACCCUCACACCAACAUCCGCUCUGGAGCCAGAUCGAUAAACGGAUCACCCAACGCCACCAUGCGGUUCUGUGAAAUCACACCUGAUACAACGUCUAUUUUUAUGAUCAAAUUCACACCCUCUGUUUCGGCGUAGUAAUCUCUGUAGAGUUGAUGCACUACUUCUGUUUCGGCGGAGUAAACUAAGACUACAUACUCGAAAUGUCACAUCAACCCGUGAUAAAUUUAAACAUGUUUUCUCAUUAUCGUUCGGGUCGUUUAAAACAUGUCGCGUGAAAUACUUCUUCUCAGGUGAAUAAGUUUGGUUUUAUUCGUUAAGAAAUCCCGUUUUAUUAGCUAUAUGGGUCUCAAGAACGUACGGAAAUAGUUAAUAUCCUUCAUUGCCGAAAUCAUGACAAUAGUAACAAAUGAGCUUUCUGCAGAGAGAAAAAAGUGACAACGGUCAACUUGAAAAAAUAAUUUCUUUCACGGCCUGAGGGUGUUUUAUGUUUACUUAAUUAAUAUUAUGUUGUUAUAUUGCUGUCUUAAAGUACGACCGUUUGAUCCAUCAACUUAAGAUGAACUGGGAAUCAACAUAAUCUACGGUACCUACAAGUGUCUUUUCUAAUGUGUCGAUAUGUAGCGAAAUGUAUUUCUGUUUUAAACCCUAGUUUAGCUCUGUAAAAAGAGAGAAAACUGUCCCAUACGAAGGUACACAACAAAACGUAACUGUAUAUUGUACUGCUCUCUAGAAAACCCCUCUGUUGAUCAAGUAACUGUGCUACAGUAUUUGGUGUCUGAUUAUAAUCAAAGUUUUGUAAAUUGUUCGACGCCACUGUCUUCUUCAUCACGGAUUUGCACUCUGGUCCACUCCGCGAUCUACACACUUUUUGGAGUAGCAAUGGCGUGUCCUGUGACAUUCAAAUGAAUGGAACUAAUUCUAAUAUGUAAAAUGGACCUUUCCCUCCUCCCCCCCCCCCCCCCCCCCCCCCCCCCCCCUCACUCCCCAGGGCUGGCCAGUUUGAUGUGACUUUUUUUUAACAAGGUGACUGGGUCUGUGUUAGGUGUUCAUGUUAGUCGCACCCUGAAAUAAUUGAUGUGAUGUAAACGUAAUUACGGUUAAAAGGGGUCAUGCUCGAAUCGUCAUGAAAGUGAGCGUGAUUAUUUCAUGUAGGUCACAAUUAUUGGGUAACGGGUUCAUCCAAAAAGGAUCACUGUGUAAUUCAAUAACUUAACUCUGCCUGUGGAGUAAUUGUGACAAUGUUUUAUAAUACGUCCGUGUGGUUAGCCUGUAAUGUUUACCUUUAAACCGCCCCUUGAAUUAUAUUUUGUGUUCUGUUAGUUAUUAUUAUUGUUGUUACCUUGAUGAAAGUUUGCUUGAAAUCAAACAUAACGUAAUCUCAAAAUCGACUUUACAUAUUUCUCAAGUUUCCCCAUCAAAGCGCAGAUCGUAGCUCGACUGUGUUUAAACUAGACAGCGUUUGAUUUGAAGAGAAACAAGACGUAAAUGUUGUUAAACAGCAGAAUCGCCAUGUGGCAAUAGCAAUAUUGGUUUUGGAAAUAUAUAUAUAUGUCAUCGUAAAUGAGAAUUCAAUAAAAUAUUUUUAAAAGUG